CAAAUGGUGAACGUCAAAGUUGGUUCGUUUUGUUGAAUUUCCCUCUUGAAAAUUUUCCCCGUGUGAGAAAAGUGCAACGUUUGGAAAGCAACCGACAGAAUGUUAUCGGCGUGUAAACAAACAAUCUCGACGAGUUUCCAAAGAGUCGGUGUGCGAUGUUUGGGUUCGGUUGUACCCGAAGUAAAAAUCAGUGAUUUUGGCGUGAAAAAUGAGCCCGUUUUGCAAUAUUUGAAGGGUUCAAAAGAGCGUAAAGAGUUAGAGGAGGCGCUGAAAAAAACAGCCGCAACGACCGAAGAAGUACCGAUUGUGAUCGGUGAUAAAGAAUUCAAAACUGACGAUGUCAGGUAUCAGGUUUGCCCUCACAACCAUAAGAAAAAAUUGGCGAAAUUCUACUAUGCCAAUAAAGAUCUCCUGAAUAAAGCGAUCGAUACGGCUGUUGAGACACAAAAAAAAUGGGACCGAACACCGAUUCCUGACCGUUUAAAAAUUUGGGAAAAAGCUGCAUCUCUUAUGGCCAACGAAUAUCGUCAAACUCUCAACGCUGCAACAAUGCUUGGUCAAGCCAAGACUGUUAUUCAAGCUGAAAUUGAUUCAGCCGCUGAAUUAAUUGAUUUUUUCCGUUUAAAUGCAUAUUUUCUUAAAGAAGCCACCAAAUAUCAACCGAUUUCCGAAAAUCCGAAAGUUACGAAAAAUUCAAUGCGUUAUCGUGGAAUUGAUGGCUUUAUUGCAGCCGUUUCACCGUUUAAUUUUACCGCCAUUGGUGGGAAUUUGGCGUAUACGCCUGCUUUGAUGGGUAAUGCAAUUUUGUGGAAACCAAGCGAUACGGCCCUGUUAUCGAAUUGGGUUAUUUUCAAGAUUUGUAGAGAGGCGGGGGUUCCCCCAGGUGUUGUGAAUUUUGUACCUGCGGACGGACCUGUUUUUGGUGAUACAAUCACUGCAUCGAAAUAUCUAGCCGGGAUUAAUUUUACCGGAAGUGUUCCUACGUUCACCCGUCUUUGGACCCAAGUCGGCCAAAAUAUCAACAAAUACAUCAAUUUUCCUCGUUUGAUUGGUGAAUGUGGCGGUAAAAACUAUCAUUUCGUCCAUCCAAGCGCCGAUGUGACAACUGUAGUUAACGGCACAAUUCGUAGUGCUUUUGAAUUUUGCGGUCAAAAAUGCAGUGCUUGUUCACGCAUGUACGUCCCCGAAUCAUUAUGGCCAAAGAUCAAAGAAGGCUUAUUGGCCGAACGCGCCAAAUUGAAAAUUGGCGAUCCGACUGAUUACGAAAGUUUUACUUCGGCUGUCAUCGACGAUAAAGCAUUCAAACGUAUCAAAGGUUACAUUGAUCAUGCGAGGAAUUCCCCCAAUUUGGAAAUUAUCGGAGGGGGGAAAUGCGAUGACAGUACGGGUUAUUUCAUCGAACCGACGAUUGUGGUAACGAAAGAUCCGAAAGAUAAGAUAAUGGUUGAGGAGAUUUUCGGCCCUGUUUUGACCAUUUAUGUUUACAAAGACAGUCAACUACAGGAAACUGUAGAACUAGUUGGGAACUCGACACAGUUUGCGUUGACUGGCGCUGUGUUCGCACAGGAUGAGAAUUGGUUGAAGAAAGCAAUCGAAGAUUUAAAAAUGACAGCUGGUAACUUUUACGUCAAUGAUAAAUCAACUGGUAGUGUAGUUGGGCAACAACCGUUUGGAGGGGCGCGUUUAUCAGGAACCAAUGAUAAGGCCGGUGGGCCGCACUAUGUGCUCCGAUGGGGUAAUCCUCAAGCUGUCAAAGAGACAUUUGUCCCGCUUACUGAGAUUUCGUAUCCCUACAUGAACCAAUAAUUUUUGUUUUUAUCAAAAAUUUUAUAUUGUUGGAAUCUGAUUUUUUGUUUCGUUUUUAUCGAUUAGGUUUGAGUUAAAAACUCAACGUUUAGGAAAAAAAUGUGUUAGAAGUUGUAUAAGGAAACUCGACAAUAUUAAUGUAAUUAUUGUAACUGUUAUGAACGGAAAAAUGUAAUAAAUGUGUAUCAUAAUUCACUUUCUUGUCAUUUGUAUAAGUAGUGUACAUUGUGUAAUUGUAUGAAGGGAACUUGGAGUUGUAAAGUAGCAAUAAAUGCUUUUUGUUUGUUAAAA